GGCUCGGGGAUUGGCGGGCGCUCCGAGGUUCCCGCAGCUCUUCAGCGGAGCCGGGAAGAGCCGCGCGUCUGCGCGCCAGCCCCCGCCCCGGGCCCGCCGCCCGCGCUCUCUCGCGCAGCGCUCGCUUCUCCGAGCUCCGCAGCCCGGCCCGACACCCCUGGACAUGAGCACCCCCUCGACGCUGCCCCCUGGGGGCGAGGAAGGGCUGGACACUGCCUGGCCCCCGGCAACCAACGCCAGCAGCGCCCCGGUGGAGGAGGAAGAGGUGGUAGCCGCGCGCGGGGGCGCUGGGGCGGCGGGCAUGGUCGCCAUCCAGUGCAUCUACGCGCUGGUUUGCCUGGUGGGGCUGGUGGGCAACGCCCUGGUCAUCUUCGUGAUCCUUCGCUACGCCAAGAUGAAGACGGCUACCAACAUCUACCUGCUCAACCUGGCGGUCGCCGACGAGCUCUUCAUGCUGAGCGUGCCCUUCGUGGCCUCGUCCGCCGCCCUGCGCCACUGGCCCUUCGGCUCCGUGCUGUGCCGCGCGGUGCUCAGCGUCGACGGCCUCAACAUGUUCACGAGCGUCUUCUGUCUCACCGUGCUCAGCGUGGACCGCUACGUAGCCGUGGUGCACCCUCUGCGCGCGGCGACCUACCGGCGGCCCAGUGUGGCCAAGCUCAUCAACCUGGGCGUGUGGCUGGCGUCCCUGCUGGUCACUCUCCCCAUCGCCAUCUUCGCAGACACCAGACCGGCUCGUGGCGGCGAGGCCGUGGCCUGCAACCUGCACUGGCCACACCCGGCCUGGUCGGCAGUCUUCGUGGUCUACACUUUCCUGCUGGGCUUCCUGCUGCCCGUGCUGGCCAUCGGCCUGUGCUACCUGCUCAUCGUGGGCAAGAUGCGCGCCGUGGCCCUGCGCGCUGGCUGGCAGCAGCGCAGGCGCUCUGAGAAGAAGAUCACCAGGCUGGUGCUGAUGGUCGUGGCCGUCUUUGUGCUUUGCUGGAUGCCUUUCUAUGUGGUGCAGCUGCUGAACCUCUUCGUGACCAGCCUUGAUGCCACCGUCAACCACGUGUCCCUCAUCCUCAGCUAUGCCAACAGCUGCGCCAACCCCAUUCUCUACGGUUUCCUCUCCGACAACUUCCGCCGAUCCUUCCAGCGAGUUCUGUGCCUGCGCUGCUGCCUCCUGGAAGGUGCUGGCGGGGCUGAGGAGGAGCCCCUGGACUACUAUGCCACUGCUCUCAAGAGCAGAGGUGGGGCAGGGUGCAUGUGCCCCCCGCUUCCCUGCCAGCAGGAGCCCCUGCAACCAGAACCCAGCCGCAAGCGCAUUCCCUUCACCAGGACCACCACCUUCUGAAGAGUCCUUCCCCAGCCUGCCCUGCGUGGCCACCUCUCAAGGGGCCGGCAUCAUUCCUACAGCCCGGAAAAGUGCAUCUCCUGGAUGUUCACCUAAACUCCACCACCUGUUCCUUCCAGCAGCGCAUGUGCCGGCUGGGGAGUGUCAGAAGUCUGCGGCAGCUUUCCUCUCCCCAGCACUCUGGCUUUCAGAAGGAUGCUUUGGGUAGGACUCCCUGGGAACCGGGCUAGGAUAUUCAUAAUUCCCGAACCUCUGGCUGUUCUUCAAGGGCUGGGAAGCAGGAGGUGGUGAGAAAUGAAUGGCCCCUGUGUGUGACUCGUCACAGCUGCUGCUUUGGAGAGGACUUAAGAGGGUGAAGGCAGGUAGCACCCUUCCUCUCUGCAGAGGCUCUGCCUUGUGGUGGGAGAACAGCUUGCACAGAAAAGAGGAGGAAGGAAGAUGCCCGCAAGUACCUGUUCUCUGUGUCUCUUCCUGGGCUCUUGUUGCUAAGUGAGACUUAUGUCAACAGCCUGGGAUACUUGCCUCUCUUCCCCCUCACUCCCCACCUGGGGAAAAUACCUGCUUGCUGUCACAAGUGUCUCCCUGGGGUGUCCUGGGCUGGGAGCAGCCUACCCGUGAGUAGAAAAGGUUUGGAGAGACAUGGCGUGGGGUUUAUUGCAAGGCAUAAAAGCAGGUCAGUAAUAACAAAGCAGAGAAGAGAAAAACCUCGUCUAGCUCCUAUGAUGUAAUUUUUGUCCCCGAUCCUUUGAUGUGGGAAGAUGAGAACUCAUUAAGACAGCAAUUUAUACUGUGGCUGCGAGUGGGAGGGGAGCCAUGGGCGGGGAAAGAGCAGAGAGCAGGGAGGGAUGGGAACCGGUUCAGGUUUUGCAUAGAGGAGGCAGCUUCAUCACCCAGUAUUUUAGAAUGUCAUCUUUCGGUAAAACAUCAGCCACAUUAGAUAUUAACACGUAAGCUGAACACAAUAAAAGGCUGUAACUUUGUUGCCUGAUGUGUUAACCAAAGGAUAAAUCCUCUUCCCCAAGGGGAAGGAGCUUUAAUUCUGCUUUCUGAUAAAAGCAGGGGAGGGGGCAAAGGAGAACUUGCAACACUAUGUUAGCAUCUGGUGUGACAACAGAGAAACAUGUACGACGUGCUGUUUGUGGGGCCCCACCUGGCUUAACAUGCAGAGACAAUCUCUGGGUUUAGCCACCGGCCUGAUUCUGGAUGACCAUUCUGAUGGUAUGGGGAAGAUGGUGUGGGGAGGGGGAGACACAGCCAAAGGGCAACACCCUACACUAUUUUGAGCGGUCAGCCUCACAAGACCACUCAGAGAAUGCACAGCCAUGUCUGUACUACAAACUAGAGACAUGACUAUAAAAUGGAAGUUUCACAACUAAGUCACAGAACCCUGUGAUCUUGCAAACACAAGGGAACACACACAGAGACAUCAACCAUCCCUGAUUUCUCAGUACCCACCAGGGUUACCUUGGGCGUUUGGAGUCAGUCAGUCCCAUGACUGUGGGUCUCGUGUAACCACAACUACUUUGAGGUUUUUAAACUGCAGUAUUUCUUUGUUCCUCAGUGUCUGACAAUGCCUGCCAGGAUGGGCACAUGAUAAAUGUGGUUGAACGGAACUGCAGGGACCACCCAGGGUGGUAGCAGUGAGGUGAGGGGUUCACGGCACUAGCAAUGGUCCCUAGGGCUUCUUCCCAGCUUGUGUGUGGGGAUGGGGGUUCUUUCUUUAGUCUCCCAGUGAUCAGACUGGGCAAACUCUCUGAUAAACAAGGCGGCGCACUGACCAGGAGUCUUGGCAACACCAGUGCUUGGCUGCCCAGGUUAGCACGGAAUAAGACACAUUCUAUUUAGAAACUUCAACCUUUUUAAUGUAGCUGAUGAAAGUUGAAGGUGAGGCAGCUUCAGGUGAUGGAAAGAAAAGUCUCUGAGAGGCAGGAAAUCUCAGCCUUAGCUACCUUGUGAGUAGUGGUUUAACCUCUCUAAGCCUCAGUUUCGCACUUGAAAUAGGCACCAAGGGAGGUUUCAAGUUUUGAGCUCUUCCCAGCUGUAAACUCUGUUUUGGCAGAGAUGCUGGGGAGACCCGUGAGUCAGACGGUGGAAGGGUAGGAGGCAGCACGCUCUCUGCCUAGUCCUCUUUCCAUCACUGCUGAUAAAUGCGUGUGAACACUGCCCUUGACCCUGCGAUCAUGUCAUGCAGGUGGUGGCGGGGUGGGGGUGGGGGGUGAUCCGAUUGACUGCUCUGUUCUUCAACUUCAGGGCCUUUUCAAUUCCUGGCAGCAGCAAGGCACCCUGAGCACUCGUCAGGGCUGCGUUUGGAGCCCAUCAACAGUGCUGCCAGCUUUACUUCCAUCAAACCCAGGUUUUUGUAGCAGCCAGUUGUGUGAAACCCUCCCUUGUAGUUUGUGUGCAGAAGAUUGCAGUGAAUUGAAGUCAUGAGCCAUGCAGCCAAGGUCCUGAGAGCCAUUGACCUUUGUCACCUGCUUGGGAGGCUUACUUUGAUGGUCAUCUCAUUCUGCCUGCUAAGACCAGGAGUCGCAGCUUUUGACAUCAAUGUGAAUAAAAACAUUUCCUGCCA